CCUUUUCUUAUCCCCACAAAACAUGGGUGUAUCACUAGUGUUUUUUUACUCUUUUUUUUUCCCGCACAACCACAAGUAGAAGUUUUCCCAAUACAGCAGGAUUGACAUCCAUUUUGAUUCGACCAUAAAAACAGACACCAAGGCAAAAAUGAAAUACUAGUGUUUCUCUAACAUCGCAAUUCGCAAGUUUGAUCGGAAAAUCUCAGAAAAGAAAAAAAAGGAUGUUAUUCCAGGUGGGAGGGCAGGGUAGCAGGCCCACUUUCUUCGAAAUGGCCGCUGCUCAGCAACUUCCUUCCAGUCUUCGUGCUGCUCUCACUUACUCUCUCGGCGUAAUGGCUCUAAGAAGGCCAAUAUUACAUAAGGUGUUGGACUAUGAGGAUGAGUUUUUUGCCAUGUUGAUGUUCGUUUUGGAGACUCAUAGCAUGCGAACUACCGAUGCUUCUUUCUCAGAGUCUUUAUAUGGCCUUCGAAGGAGAGCAGUAAAAGCUAAAUUGAAAACAGAUGCUCUUCAUUCUGACUCCACAGAUGCAAUUCAGCACUCUGGGAUACAAAAGCACCAAAGAGUUCUUUCUGUUGUCUUUCUGGUUGUGUUGCCAUAUUUUAAGUCAAAGUUGCAUUCAAUAUAUAGCAGAGAAAGAGAAAGUGCUGUGCGGGAAAGCUUAUGGGGAUCAGGUGAUGAAAGAUUUGAUGAUGUUGACUAUCUAGAUAUAUCAGAGAGUCCACUUGAUCAGACAAGAGCUUCACAUCACGAGCUUUCAUCAAGAGAACGCAUUUUGCAGGGAGCCAAGAAAGUUAUAGCUGCUUGUUACCCCUGGAUACACACUGGACAUGAAGGAUUAACAUUUGCUUAUCAAACAUUGUAUCUGUUGGAUGCCACUGGGUUUUAUUCACUUGGAUUGCAUGCCUUAGGGAUCCAUGUCUGUCGGGCUUCAGGACAGGAACUGAUGGAUGCGUCUUCCAGAAUAUCAAGGAUGAGAAAUCGUGAACGUGAGGGACUUCGUGGUCCUCCUUGGUUAAAGAAAUUGCAAGGUGCAUUACUCAGCUGUAUGUAUGCGGUGCUUGAUUAUUCGCAGACUGGCUUAAUUGCGGCCGUAUUUGUAUUCAAGAUGAUGGAGUGGUGGUACCAGUCAGCAGAGGAGCGGAUGUCUGCACCAACUAUAUACCCCCCACCGCCACCGCCUCCAUCCCCAAAAGUGGCUAAGGAGGGCAUUCAACUGCCAUCUGACAGAACACUUUGUCCUUUGUGCUCAGAGCGACGUGCAAAUCCUUCAGUUGUUACAGUAUCAGGAUUCGUUUACUGUUAUGGUUGCAUAUUCAAAUAUGUUUCUCAGUAUAAGCGGUGCCCAGUUACGCUCAUUCCUGCAGAAGUUGAGGAUAUUAGACGGCUCUUCCAUGACAUGUAGAGUAUUAAACAAUAUAGUAUAUGUCAACAUGCCUUCUUUCUUUUGUUUUCUGACCUGAAAGAUGCUUCGACAUCCAUGUAAAACAAUGCUGUAAAUAGUAUUUUACUUUCUGUUAUUUACAUUCACUGCAAAUCUGUCUUCUUCUGGGUGUCUGUACUUGGCGAUAUGUUUGAGGCAAAAUAUGGUGUAGUUAAUAAAUCUACCUUCUAUCCUAA